AUGCUGACGAUUAAUACGUACAGAGGACUGCAUCGCUACAAUCGUCUACCCUUCGGCGUGAAGUCAACACCUAGCAUAUUUCAGCAGAUCAUGGAUUCAAUGACAUCUGGUCUGGAAGGCAUUGCUGCCUAUCUAGAUGACGUGAUAGUCAGAGACCGCACACAACGGGAGCAUCGCCAUAACUUGGAAGCGCUAUUCGGAAGGAUCCACGAAUACGGCUUCCGCGUCCGAUUGGAGAAGUGCAACUUUUUGAUGCCUCAGUUCCGUUAUCUCGGAUGCAUCAUAGAUAAGGACGGACGCCACCCUGACCCAGAGAAGAUUGAGGUCAUCCGCCAGAUGGCAGUACCGAAGAACGUGGCAGAAGUUCGCUCGUUCCUUGGUAUGAUCAACUACUAUGGAUCGUUUGUAGCGGAGAUGCGCCAGUUACGCGCACUGCUGGAUGCUUUGUUGAAGAAGAACGUUCCGUACAAAUGGAAUAAGGAAUGUGGGGCAGCCUUCAAUCGCGCCAAGGAAGUGCUUGCUUCAGACCUGCUCAUGACGCAUUUUGAUCCUAGUCUGGAUAUAAUUGUAGCGGCCGACGCGUCAGACCAUGGAAUUGGAGCAGUGAUUCUGCACAGGAUGGUGGAUAGGACCGAGACGGCAACAUGGCACGCAAGCCGAAGUCUCGCUGUUGCAGAAAAGAACGCGUCAACGCCAGGACAUCUUUCUCCAGCGGAGGUGUUCCUAGCGCGCCAGUCGAGGACGUCGUUGACGCUGCUGAUGGAAUCAGCUAAAGAAGAGGGAACGCGCAAUGUGAAAAUUGAAGAACAGUUCAAUCGUCAUCAUGGAGCACAACAGAGAUCGUAUCACCAGGACGAGCUCGUAUGGGUGCGUGACUACUAG